ACCCCAAAAAGGGUUUAUGAACCCCAAAAAUUGGGUUUAUGAACCCCAAAAAUGGUUUUAUGAACCCCAAAAGGGGUUUAUGAACCCCAAAAUUGGUUUUAUGAACCCCAAAAAGGGUUUAUGAACCCCAAAAUUGGUUUUAUGAACCCCAAAAAGGGUUUAUGAACCCCAAAAAUGGGUUUUAUGAACCCCAAAAGGGUUUAUGAACCCCAGAAAUGGGUUUUGUGAACCCCAAAAAGGGUUUAUGAACCCCAAAAUUGGUUUUAUGAACCCAAAAAUUGGUUUUAUGAACCCCAAAAAGGGUUUGUGAACCCCAAAAGGGGUUUAUGAACCCCAAAAAUGGGUUUUAUGAACCCCAAAAAGGGUUUAUGAACUCCAAAAGGGGUUUAUGAACUCCAAAAAUUGGUUUUAUGAACCCCAAGAAAGGUUUUUUUAAACCUCAAAAUGGGUUUCUUCAACACCAAAAGGGUUUUCUGAACCCCAGAAGGGUUCGAAUAACCCCAAAAUGGGGUUUUCAACCCCAAAAAGUGUUUAUGAACACCAAAAGGGUUCAAAAAAACAAAAAAAAAAGUGUUUUUAAACCCCAGAAUGGGUUCUAUAAACCCCAAAAAGGGUUUUUAAACCUCAAAAUGGGUUUCUUCAACCCCAAAAGGGUUCAAAAAACCCAAAAUGGGUUUUUUUCAACCCCAAAAGUGUUUUUUGAAUCCCAAAUGGGUUUUUAAACCCCAACAAUGGGUUUUUUGAACCCCAUAAGGGUUUUUUAAACCCCAAAAAAGGUUUUUUGAGCCCCAACAGGGUUUUAUUAACCCCAAAAAGGGUUUUUAGAAGCCCAAAAAUGGGAUUUUUGAACCCAAAUCAAAGCUCUGCCGUUUCCAGCCCCUCUGGGGUUGGUUGGGUUGGGUUUUUUUCCUCCUUUUCAGUUUUUUUCCCAUUUUCUUUCUCCUCUUUGCCCUUUUCCUCCCUUUUUUCCAUUUUCUUUUCCCCCUUUUUUUCCAUUUUUCCCCUUUUCCUUUUUUCUCUUUUCCAUUCUUUCCCCCCAUUUUUCCCCAUUUCCAUUUUCCCCUUUUCCAUUUCUUUUCCCUCACUUUUCCCUUUUUUCCCCCAUUUCCAAUUUUCCCAUUUUUCCUCCUUUCCCAUUUUCUUUUCCACUUUUUUCCUUCUUUUCCAUUCUCCCUCCCCUUUCUCCCCCUUUCCCAUUUUAUUUCCCUUUUUCCAUUCUUUUUUCUCCCCCUUUCCCAUUUAUUUCCCUUUUUUCUCCCUUUUCCAUUUUAUUUCCCUUUCUCCCCUUUUCCCAUUAUUUUUCCCUUUUUUCCCCAUUCUUUUUCCCCAUUUUCCCCCUUUUCCAUUUUAUUUCCCUUUUUUUCUCCCAUUCCCAUUUUAUUUCCCUUUCCCCCCCCUUUUUUCCCCCUUUCCCAUUUUAUUUCCUUUUUUCUCCCCCAUUCCCAUUUUAUUCCCUUUUUUCCCCUUUUCCCCCUUUCUCAUUUUAUUUCCCUUUUUCCAUUCUUUUUUCUCCCCCUUUCCCAUUUUAUUUCCCUUUUUCCCAUUCUUUUUUCUCCUCCUUUCCCAUUUUAUUUCCUUUUUUCUCCCACAUUCUCAUUUUAUUUCCCUUUUUCCCCUUCUUUUUUCUCCCCCUUUCCCAUUUUAUUUCCUUUUUUCUCCCCAUUCCCAUUUUAUUUCCCUUCCCCCCUUUCCCAUUUUAUCUCCUUUUCCCCCUUCCCCAUUUUCCCCCCGUUUUUUCGGCGCCAGACCCCAAACUGUAGGAAUUUAGGAAUUUUCUACGACCUCCAGGUGGCUUUACCCUGUAAAUAUCUAUUUUUUAAACCCGACAGAUGAAGAACAAACGAGGAUGUGCAAUACCCCCAACUCCCCCAAAAUCCCGAGCGAUUCAUGGAUUUGCUGUUGGUUUUUUUUUUUUUUUAAUUUUUCCUGGUUUUUUUUUUUUUUUUUUUGCUUUUCCCCCUUUUUUUUUUUUUUUUUUGGUGAGGUUUUGGACCCUUUUUUCCCCUCCAGCCUUUUCCCGGGAGCUUUUGUACCUGUAAAAUAUUGUAAUUAAUGAUUUGUUGUUAACGAGAUCUACUGUAAGUUUUGUACUGUACUGCCCGAGGCUCUGCUUCACAAUAAACGGGAAUAAUUUAA